AUGGUGAUAGCAAGUGUACGAAGAAGAAUUGGGAAUGGUAAAACAACGUUAAUCUGGGGCCAUCGAUGGUUACUAGACGAUCCUAGCCCUCUCAUUCAAACUAACAUGCCUGAGGAAUUAAGAAGUGCCAAGGUGGCAGGUUUAAUUGAUGAACAAACUACUAAUUGGGACCCCCAUAUUCUAGCUGAUUUGUUUGUUGAUGAGGAUGUGAGUCGUAUACUAAAAAUUCCUAUAAGCCCGGAUUAUGAUGACUCAUGGUAUUGGUUGGGUGACCCCAAUGGUAUUUAUAUAGUGAAGAAUGCCUAUAGAAAUAUUAUGGGAACUUAUGAGCAUACACCAAGGGAGUUUGAUAAAUGGAUCACUAUAUGGAAAAUGAGAGUUCCCCCAAAAUGGAAAACUUUCCUCUGGAGAGCAAUUUGUGAUAUUCUCCCAACAACAACUAAUUUGAUUAUAAAGAGAGUGGAGAUUGAUCCUACAUGCCAAAUGUGUGUGUUGGCACAUGAAAAUGUUAUGCAUACGCUAGUUUCCUACGAACAGACUGGAGUCAUGGUGGCACUACUGUACCACCUUUGGCGAACCCGCAAUUCGGCUGUUUGGGACGGUGCACUUCCUCGACCCGUCGGCGUGUGGAGAACGACGGCAGCUAACUACAGCUCAUUCCGCAAGCCACCCUCCGCUGUGCACAGCCCGUAG